AUGGCCACCCCCAUAACGGCGUCGGAGGACCAGAGCCGCCUCCUCGAGGAGGCAUUGGGAGUAGUACGGCAACAGUCACAGAUGAUGCGAAAAUGUCUCGAGACACCGGGGAAGUUAAUGGAUGCGCUCAAAUGCGGAUCUACCUUGGUUUCCGAGCUUCGCACACCCAGCUUAGGUCCGAAACAGUACUACGAACUGUACAUGGCCGUUUUCGAUGCCUUGCGACACCUCUCCGUUUACCUGAAAGAGAACCAUCCGGUGAACCACCUGGCCGACCUCUACGAGCUGGUCCAAUAUGCCGGCAACAUCAUCCCGCGACUUUAUCUGAUGAUCACCGUGGGCACGGUAUACAUGUCGGUGGAGGAUGCUCCGGUCAAGGAGAUCAUGAAAGAUAUGAUGGAGAUGAGCCGAGGUGUCCAGCAUCCGAUUCGUGGUCUCUUUUUGAGAUACUAUCUCUCCGGUCAGGCCAGAGAUCAUCUUCCCACCGGCUCUGGUGACGGACCGGAGGGCAACUUGCAAGACUCGAUUAACUUUGUCUUAACUAACUUUGUGGAGAUGAACAAGCUGUGGGUAAGACUUCAACACCAGGGUCCAUCGCGGGAACGGGAGAGGAGGAUGCAAGAGCGCCGGGAGCUGGAACUGCUGGUCGGCAGCAAUAUUGUCCGACUGAGCCAGUUGGUCGAUCUUGAAGCCUACAAGUCCGGUAUACUACAAGCGCUGCUGGAACAGGUUGUUCAAUGCCGAGAUGUCCUCGCUCAAGAGUAUCUGCUUGAAGUCAUCACAAAGGUCUUCCCCGACGAGUUCCAUCUUCACACCCUGGACCUCUUGCUUUCGGCGAUUGCACGACUCAAUCCCCAUGUGGACCUCAAGAAGAUCGUCAUAGGGCUUAUGGACCGCUUGUCGGCUUAUGCCGCGCGAGAGACUGAAUCGUCCGUUGACCCAGAAAAAAGAAGGCAGACUGAGGAAGAAGCGGUCACCCGGCUCCUUGAAAACCUCAAGGUUUCCGAAGAAAAUAAGAAGGAAGCGGCUGCGACAGACGCGGAUGCAAACGCUGCGGAGAAUGGGGUGGAGCAGGCCUCGGAGGAGCCGGAACAGACUACGGACCAGGCAGAGGCAGAGCCCACGGCAACUGAAAAUGGGGAUAAGGCGGAGCAGGCUGGAAUUCCCUCCGACGUCAAACUGUACUCCAUAUUCUACGACCAGGUCGUCAACCUCAUCAAGACUCGCGGACUUCCCAUUCAGGACACCAUGGCGCUGUUGGUCUCAUUGGUCAAUCUCGCGCUAAAUACCUACCCCGAUCAGCUUGAAUAUGUCGACCAGAUCCUGGACUUCGCUACCAAGGAAACGGCCGAGUAUGCUGAUCAUGCUGACUUGCACUCCGCGCCGACGCAGCAGAAUCUCCUACACCUUCUCCUCGCACCCAUCCGUUCAUACGUUUCAAUCUUUACGGCAUUGGCGCUGCCUCACUAUCUCCCAUUAUUGACAUCGCAAUCCUACCCCACGAGGCGAUCAGUCGCUGGCGAGAUCGCUCGCAACCUACUCAACCAUCGGACCUUGAUUACCACUACCGAAAACCUUGACCGUGUGUUACAGGCCUUGAGAGUACUAAUCAAGGAAGGUGCGCAGCAGUCUAUGGGCUACCCUGGGCUGCAGUCCCAGAGACGCGGUGAAACCGAUGAGACCAUUGAGGAGCAAGGGUGGCUUGCGAGAUUAGUACAUUUAAUCCAAGCUCCCGAAAAUGACACCCAGUUGAAGCUGCUCCAAGCGACCCGCAAAGCGUACCUCGAUGGCAACGAGCGGAUCCGCUACACAACCCCAGCUCUCAUAACUGCAUCAAUACGGUUGGCGCGUAAGCUCAAAGCGCGCGAACAUUAUGAUGACAACUGGCAGUCCCAGUCAUCGGCACUAUACCGCUUCAUGCACCAAUGUGUCAACAACCUCUACCAGCGCGUGAAUCCCGGGUGUGCCGAUCUCGCAUUGCGGCUGUUCGUCAUGUGCGGCGAAGUAGCCGACCAGACAGGCUUCGAAGAGUUCAGUUACGAGUUCUUCGCCCAAGCCUUCACUAUCUACGAAGAUUCCAUCAGCGACUCUCGUGCGCAAUUCCAGGCCGUGUGCAUCAUCGCUGGUGCCCUUCACGGUACCCGGGGUUUCUCGAAGGAAAAUUACGACACACUCAUCACCAAGGCCGCCUUACAUGGAAGCAAGCUCUUGAAGAAACCCGACCAAUGCCGUGCGGUGUAUCUAGCAAGCCACCUUUGGUGGGUUGUUGAGAACCCGCAACGAGGCGAGGAGGAUGCAAAGAACCUUUACCGCGACGGCAAACGCGUCCUUGAGUGUCUCCAGCGUGCGCUUCGCGUUGCGGAUGCCUGCAUGGAUACCGCGGUGUCCGUGGAGCUUUUUGUUGAGAUCCUGAACCGCUACGUCUACUACUUCGACCAGCAAAACGAGACCGUGACGACCAAGUAUCUGAACGGCCUUAUUGAGCUUAUCCAUUCGAAUCUCCAGACCAACGAAGAUGAGCCGAACCCCGGCCUGGAGGGUCCCAAACGCCACUUCGAGCGUACACUGGAAUACAUCCGAUCCAGAGAAUACGAGGGCGUGGUGACGGAUCCGAGACAGUGA